UAAGAUAUUGGAGUGAUGGUGGCCAGUGGCUUAACUCAUGAGUCUCACAAGAAGGACGUUGAACAGGUCUACCUCCGCUGUUCUGAAGGAUCAAUAGAGUGGAUGUAUCCCACAGGAGCACUAAUAGUCAAUCUGCGACCCAAUAUGUUUUCUUCCUCUUCCAAACACUUGACUGUUUGCAUAAAGCCCUUCAAGGACUCCACAGGAGCAAAUAUUUAUUUGGAAAAAACUGGAGAACUGAAACUGUUGGUCCGAGAUGGAGAUCGCAGCCCCAAUAAAGUGUAUUGCUUUGGCUACGAUCAGGGGGGCCUGUUUAUUGAGGCUACCCCUCAGCAGGACAUUAGUCGGAAAAUUACAGGCUUCCAAUACGAACUGAUAAGCAAGGGGAUAGCGUCCGAUUUGCACACAGUUUCUGCCCCCUGCCGACCCUGCAGUGACACAGAAGUCCUCUUGGCUGUCUGCACUAGUGAUUUUGUUGUCAGAGGUUCCAUCCAAGAUGUAACAAAUGAGGUAGAACAGCAAGAGUCCGUAAUAGAUGUCAGCGUAAGCAGACUCUACAGGCAGAAGAGCAAAGUCUUCCAGCCCUUAGAGGAAAGUGGGAGCUGGCGAGGGCAAAUAAAGACCCUGCUGGAAUGUGGGGUGAAACCAGGAGAUGGAGACUUCCUCUUCACGGGACGCAUGCACUUUGGGGAAGCCCGGUUAGGCUGUGCCCCUCGUUUCAAAGACUUCCAAAGGAUGUACAAAGAAGCAAAGGACAAAGGGCUAAACCCUUGUGAAAUUGGCCCGGACUGAAAUCCUCCAUUUGGCUGCAGAUUGCUCUUAGCACUCAGCUGCAACUGAUUCCCAGCCACAGUGAGCGUUCGGAACAAAAAACUGAUCUGAAAGAAUGAGGAGAUCUGGUGAGCAGAGUGGAAGAACCACAUGGGAUGUCCCUGUGGCCAAGGGAGGCUGUUACACUAAUGGAAGCAACAGAGGUACGAGCUCGGAAGGCUGCCAAGCAACCAAGGCUGGAAUUUUAACCAAUCUUGUCCCUAUGAAUUAAAUUAUUAUAUUUUUUUAGCAAGUUUCUUAGGAAAACAAGCAAAGAAACCUACCAAGUCUUAAACCCUUCCCAGUAAAAAAAACAAAACCAACUGCCUUUAUAUCUCUUUAAUACUAAUGUCUUAAGCUGAUGUAGCAUUUGGUAUGGCAUAUUCUGUAUAAAUGGUAAAGAAUGUGGUAGAACACGGUAAAACCAUCUUAAUGUUGAUGCUUUGUAAAAAGCUUGAUGUACAAUUCAAAGUUUUUUGUUAUGACAGAAAUUUAUGGAGCCAAACUUGUGUUUUUUGUUUUUUGUUUUUAAUUUGAAAGAAUGUACAAAUCGCCACCUGCAGCUUUUUGUCCAGGCUGGUAAAUUUGUUUCCAUUCCAGAGAAAUAAAGGUCCCUGGAUAUGA